CCCCGAAUGUGCACAGUAUAUCAGCAUAAUUGUCCACCACUUGAAGCAGCCUACUUCCAAUCUCAAUUAUUGAAUCAAGAUCGCCAACUCCGAAAUGGCACCACAACUAGCAUGGCUUGGCCUCGGCAAUAUGGGCAGGGGCAUGUGCAAGAACCUGGUGGAAAAAGGAAAUCUAGACAAGCCUUUGAUCCUGUGGAACCGCACCACGAAGCGGGCAGAUGACUUCUCAGCCAAGCUUAGAAACGACAAGACCAAGGUUUUUGGCAGCAUUGACGAAGCUGCGAAGAGUGCGGAUAUCAUCUUCAUCUGUCUUGGUGACGAUGCAUCUGUUAGUGGUGCUGUCGAUGCCAUUCUGCAGCAAGAUGUGAAAGGAAAGCUCAUCGUGGACUGCUCGACCGUACAUCCAGAUACAACCAAUGCGCUGGAGAAGCGAAUCAUGGCUAAGGGCGGGGAAUUUGUGGGAAUGCCAGUAUUCGGCGCCCCAGCAAUGGCAGAUUCUGGAAGUCUAGUCUGUGUGAUCGCUGGCCAAAAAGCCGCUGUCGACAAAGUAAAACCCUACACCAAAGGCGUCAUGGGCCGUGCCGACAUCGAUUUCGUCGACCAACCUGCAGGUAACUCUACACUCCUCAAAGUAAUCGGUAACACCUUUGUCCUCAACAUGGUCGAAGCCCUCUCCGAAGGGCACACUCUGGCCGAGAAAACCGGUCUCGGAACUGACAACCUGCAUCGCUGGAUCGAAGCCAUGUUCCCUGGUCCCUAUGCCGCGUACUCCGCACGCAUGUUGGCGGGAGACUACUACCAGCGGGAGGAACCACUGUUCCAUGUAGAUCUGGCGAGGAAGGAUGCUAGACAUGCGAUGGCCUUGGCGGAGAAGACGGGGACGAAUAUGCCGGCGCUGAAGGUCGGUGAUGCGCAUCUAGUGAAGGUCAAGGAGCAUCUUGGGGAUAGAGGAGAUAUUCCGAGUAUAUAUGGUGCUGUAAGACAGGAGAGUGGACUCAAAUUUGAGAACAAAGAUUGAUGGCAAAUGGGAGAUAAUCCUCAUUGCUCUCAUGAGAGCAUGCUGGAUCCGGCCCAAGAAGGAUAGGAAAGGGACUAGCCUACGCCGACACUAUGAGGAAUAUAGACAACCACAUCUUUGGC